AUGAACUGGACAGAGCUGUCUGAUCCAGAGGCUUUGAGAAAAGAGAGAACGUUUAAAGAAGAUUGCAGAAAGGGUCUCAUGGAGGGGUCCUCGGAGUUCAUGCUGCUAUUACCAAGCGAAUAUGCCAAUAAUGUGGCUUGUGAAACAGAUUACAUGAACAGGCAAGCAAUGGAGUUGUGGUCGCGUCGUAGUGGAAAAACAUCAUCCUCCAAGAAAAGUAGUUGCACUUCAAAGCACUCAAGUGCCUCUCAAAUUUCUUUAAUGAAGAUUAAAACUAUGACUGAGUUGGCCAAGAGGAAGGUAGAAAUGCAAUAUGCAAGAAUUGAAGCACAAAAGCAAAUGGAAAUGCAAAGGAAGAAAUACGAAAUAGAAGAAAUCCAAAGACUGAAGAGUUACGAAAGUGCUUAA